AUGACGGAAUUUGAUGUUUUAUGGUGUGAAUCAGACGACGGCGAUCUCAGCGAAGAAGAGGAAGAAAUAUUUUCACAUAAUAAUGUUGGACAGCAGUUGGAGUGUAAGUACACAACACAACAAGUAAAUCCGCCGUUGCCAGUGUCACCAUCUUUUACUUCCCUCUGUCACAUCAGGGGACACACCCACGGGACGAUUUAG